UUUGACAAUUUCAGCUGAUGACAGAAUAAUUUGUUUACUAAAAAUCAGAAAAAAAAUAUAGAAUAUUCUAAGAGAAUAUUGGAUAUUGGUGUAUUAAAAAUAUUUAUUCUGUGAUAAAAAUAAUAGAUGAUGUAAAGAAGUUUUCUACAGACUACAGAAGAAGAAAUAUAAACUAAACUAUUGUAAUUAAAUAAGAUAUUACCCAAAAAGUCUUUUGUAUUCAUAUGGAUAAUUUAUUCUAAAAUGCUUAUGAACCUCAUUUAAGUUUAUAAAAAAAUGACUGCUUCGAUAAUACGGGAAUUACAAGAUAUAUUUAAUCCAGGAGAAGAAAGAUUAAUUGCUUGUUGUCAUGUUAGCAAAUACUUGAAGAAAAAGAAAACAUCUUUUUUGUGCCUUGUUAGCACCACUAAUGUUCCAUUUAACAUUUCAAUAGUUCAAAUAAAACAAACGGAUAAACUUCAGUUUAAGAAAAAGAGAAGUUGGUCUCUAGCAGAAUUAAAAUCAGUGGAUGGCCAUAAAGAAUUGUAUGAUACAAAAGAAUUUGAUUUGUAUUUUGAUAAAGUUUAUCAUUGGGUUGCACUUAAUUCUAAAGAAAGGUAUGCAUUUAUACACAAUCUUUGGAAGCAAGUUACGAAACAUAUAUUGAAAGACCUACCAAUUUUUAAAAAUAUACCAAAAUCAUGGAUAACAGAGGAUGCUUUGACACCAGAGAAUCAGUAUGUAACUUCACCUCUAGCAGCUUUGGAUAAUGAUUUUUCAGAUGAUUUUCAAGCUAUAACAGAAAAAGAACAAGAAGAUUUAAAAAGAUUAAUGGAUGGAUGUGAAUUUGCUAUAAGUAAUGCUGAGGGUUUCAUGGAAAUAUUGGCUCGAGAUUUAUCACUUCUUGAUGGUGAAAAUGUACAAUGCGUUCUAGCUUCAGAAGAACAAGUAGGAACUCUUAUGGAACAAUUGGAAACAGCAAUAAAUGAAGCCGAUAAACUGGAAAAUCAACUUAAUAUUUAUGAUGAAAUACUUAUUCAUGUAAGAGAUACUAUGAAGAAAAUGAAAGAUAAGAAUUCUAUGAUUUCUGUUAUAAAUCAGAAUAAUCAAGUGCUUAUGGAUGAGCUGGAGAAUGUUGUUACUAAAUUGGAUUUACCUAUAGAAUACCAACAAGUUUUGGAUGAUGCAGAUUUUCAAUCUACAGAGAGCUUAGCAUUUGCUGUAAAAGCAGCCAAUGCCUUAAAAAUUGCUAUGAAUUCAGAUAUCAAUAAAGCUCUUUUACAAAUGACAGCUAUCCAAGAACAGAGAAAGAAAUUUGAAAAAUAUAAAGAGAAAUUCUCAAGAAGUCUAAGUAGACAAUUAAAUAAUUUAUUUAUACAUUAUGGUAAUCAUAAAGGUGAAUCUGACAGAAAUGUUGAAGGGUUAAUAUUGCCACAGCAUAAUGGGGUGCAUCGUGAAUUAUAUCCAUAUACAGAGCUGAUGCACUGGGUUAAGGUAAUGGAUAAAAAGAUGUAUGAUUCAUUAAAAGAUGUUUACACCACAUCAUUGGGAAAAUUAUAUGAUAGAGACUUGAGAGGUCUUUUCAAUUCGGCCAGGGACAAAAUAGGAGCCUAUACUGUGACAUCACCUACAACCCUGAUUGGCCUGGAUAGAGAAUUUUGGACUUUAGAUACUAGUACAGCAGACAGACUAAAAUACGAAACAGUUCUUGAACAAGUAUUAACUCAGUUGGAACCUGUGUUUUUGCAGGAACAGUUAUUCUGCGUUAAAUUCUUUCAGUUAAAUGUUCUAAGUCCAACAUCAAAAAAUACACAGACUACGCUGGACGGUAUUGGGACUGAUAUUGAGAUUGUAUUACCUCAAAAGAAAGUGGAAAAGCAAAUUGAUGAAGAUGUUAGAAAUAUGAUGAGUAGUCUAUUUGCGUGUUUGAAAACUGAAUUAGAUUUACUUAUAGACCAUAUCAAGAAGCAAGAUAGUUUUUACUGCAUGUAUGUACUGGUUCGACUGAAUCAGCAUGUCAUGUCGGCCCAAAGUUCAUUCCUCAGCAACACUUUUGCGUCGGAAUUGAUAGAAGUAAAGAGAUCAUUGGAUCAAUUUAUGUUGACUCAAAUAGAUUCCGUUAAAGAUUGCCGAUUGCCGAGAAAAUCAAAGUUGGGUAUAUUGCCAUAUGUGUCAAAUUUGGAAAUUUUUGCCACCAACGCCGAAUGUCUCUUAAAAAGCGAUAGAGCGGCCGAUUUGGAAAAAUGGUACACUCGAUUAGUAGACACGAUCAUUGAAUAUAUUGCUGUUCAUGCGGCUGAUCAGAAAUCACCAUCGCAAGUCAUUAAAAUGGAAAACUAUCAUCAUUUGUAUUCUUUAUUGUCCCAGUUAAAGAUAUCAGUAUUAGAUAGCCAACGUAAAGAAGCCAAACAAAAAUACAACGAUGCUUUGCAAGCCUACGUUACCUUGUACUUCGGGCGACCUCUAGAGAAAUUAAAUACAUUUUUUGACGGAGUUCAGGCUAGAGUUGCUAGCGGUGUUAAAGCUUCAGAAGUCAGUUAUCAGUUGGCUUUUAGUAAACAAGAAUUGAGAAAAGUUAUUAAUCAAUAUCCUGGAAGUACGGUUAAGCGAGGUAUAGAAUCGCUCUACAAAAAGGUGGAAAAACAUCUAUCCGAAGAAGGUAAUCUUCUGCAAGUUGUUUGGAGAGCAAUGCAAGAAGAAUUUAUCAGACAAUACAAAAUGUUGGAGGAAUUAAUUCAGCAGUGUUACCCUGGAUCCAUGAUUACGCUGGAAUUUACCAUCGAAGAUAUUUUAAAUUAUUUCUCGGAAAUAGCGCAGUCGCAUUAAAUUAAACAGAGCUGCAGUUUACUUAUUAUGCACAUAUCUGUUAAGUUUUUAUAAAUAUUUUAUCUUAUUGUUCUAAAAAGUGUAACUGAAAUAUAUAGUAACUAAUAA